GCAUUCUGUUCCAGAAAACCUGUUGCAGCCAUGAUGCCUGUUGGAACUGUGAUGCCUGACGACACACCGAUGUUUGACCCAAAUAUUCUGCAUGAACUUGACUGGAGCGAGAACACGACGACUUUUUCUCCUGCUAUUUCUCCUUUAGAUCCAGGAGAUGGCCUAGUUUUGAGACCGCUUUGCACAGCUGAUGUAAAUCGAGGCUUUUUUAAGGUCCUGGGCCAGCUGACUGAAACUGGAGUUGCAACCCCAGAGCAGUUUAUCAAAACCUUCGAGCACAUGAAGAGAUCUGGAGAUUACUACGUCACUGUUGUGGAAGACACAACUCUCGGACAGAUUGUUGCUACGGCAACGCUGGUGAUAGAACAUAAAUUCACUCACUCCUGUGCAAAGAGAGGAAGGAUAGAAGACGUCGUAGUAAGCAGAGAGUGCAGAGGGAAGCAGCUUGGUAAACUACUAACGUCCACCCUGACGUUGCUAAGUAAGAGACUGAACUGUUAUAAAAUUACACUGGAGUGUCUGCCAAAAAAUGUGGAUUUCUACAAGAAGUUUGGCUAUUCGGUAUCUGAAGAAAACUACAUGUUUCAACGGUUCUUUAAUUAAGAACUUCUAGUCUUUUUUUAUUUUUAAAGACUGUUGGUAGAGGAGCUUGUGCUACAAACAUUCUCUUCGUGGAAAAUUUAUAUAGUUUAUUGCUGCAAAUAUAACGAUCCCUAUAAAUAAUGAACAUCAAAUGUGUUAAUCCCGGGGAAAAAAAAUUACUGACGUUUUAGAAGGGUCCUCUGGGUUAGGAAAUAAGCGCUUAGAACUAAUUUUUACUACUGUUCAGUCUGAGUGAAGCUUUUUUGUUGUAGCUGAGUUACAACGGACUCUUGGUAAAGGGAUGGUUUUUAACCAAAGGUAUAUAUUUUUAUC